AGAAACCUCUGACCUCAGACAGCACUGCAUUCUGGACACUCAAAGCGAACAGAUCUUUCCGCAGCACUCAGUUUCUAGUAAUUCAGUUCAGGAUACAUAAUGGCCGAGUUACUUUUCCCACAACUGGAGCGUCCUUUGCCUUCACUGCCAUCACUGCACUACACUCUAUUUGCCUAUCGGGAGGAGUUGCGACGUCGUGAUGCUCCAUUCAUGAAGAUGUCCACCAUCAAACUUCAUCUGACGGACAAUCUGAUUCUGCAGACUAUCAAGAAUAUCCGACAAUACGAUACCAUGGAGAUUAUGAAUCUCAACGAGGAGAUCAACUUCAAGCGGCGUUUGACCAAGCAAAUGCGAAAGGUUCGUAAACUGGAGAAACUUGGUCUCAACAUCGAUCCCCGUAAACUCAACGAAGGCGGUCAAUGGAUCUAAAGACUGAAUUUAUAGAAAUUCUAGACACUCACUCUACUGAAACACUAUCUGAUAUAUAUGAUACACUCACCCGUACUAUUCUAACAUACUCUGAGCAUGUGAAAUUAGAUUGUAAGCGAAUCUCCUUAAGUUUCUAAAACUCCAUAUGCCGAACUAAUCUUACAAAGUCUUUCAAUUUUUUAUAGAAAUAAAA